AUGGCCAUCCCAAACCUCACGUCCCUCGACCUCUCCCCCCUCCAAUAUACCGCCCUCUUCCUCGCCCUCCUAACCCUCUACUACACCCUCACCUCCCUCCUCGCAUGGCACCGCCUCCGCCACAUCCCAGCCUACUCCCCCUUGUCCACCUUCUCCUACCUCCCGCUCUUCCUCAUCGCCCGCUCCGCCCGCCAAGAAGAAAUCUACCGCGCCCUCAACACCUCCCGCCUCGUCCGCGUCGGCCCCAACGAGCUCCUCACAGACGACCCCGCUCUUCCUCAUCGCCCGCUCCGCCGCAUCAACGCCGUCCGCAGCGACUACGGCAAAGACUCGUGGUACUUCUCCAGCCGGUUCAACCCCUACCAGGAGACCAUGUUCACCACGCUCGACAGAGGGGAACAUGAUCGGAUGAAGGCCAAGACGGCGGCGGCGUAUGCGGGGCGGGAGGUGGAUUUGCUGGAGCCGAGCGUUGAUGUGCAGGUUGUGAGUUUGGUCAGGCUUUUGAGGGAGAGGUAUGCGUAUGAUGGGGGCGUCAGCGGCGGUGGUGAUGGGGGACGAGGAGGGAGAGGAAAGUUGGUGGACAUGGGGGUCUUGCCGGCGUAUCUUACCAUGGAUGUGAUCACCGCCGCCGCCUUCGGGAAGCCGUUUGGGCACCUGGAGGCUGAUGCGGAUGUGUUUGGGUUUAUCAAGCAGAUGAGGGAUAAUUGGCCGUUGAUCGCGAUCACGUUGGAUACCCCGUGGAUCCGGACGAUUCGGUUUUCAAAGUUGUUUCUGAGGUGGCUUGGGCCAAGGACGACUGAUGAGAUUGGGCUUGGGCAGAUGAUGGGGAUUGCUGAGAAGUACGUCGGAGAGAGGUUCAAAUCCACCUCGAAGCCUCAGAAGGACAUGUUGGGAUCGUGGAUCAAGAACGGCAUGACGCAGCAAGAAUGCGAAGCCGAAGGCCUCUUCGCCCUCGUCGCCGGCUCGGACACUACCGCCUCCGUGAUCCGUGUCACAAUGCUGCAUCUGAUGUGCAACCCCAGGAUUUACCACAAAUUCAAGGCCGUCAUUCGGGACGCCGUCGCCUCUGGUGUCUCGACUCCGAUCACCUUUGACCAAGCCAGCAAGAUCCCGUUCCUACGCGCCCUAAUCUACGAAGGCAUCCGAAUCCGCGCCCCAGCAACAGGCCUCUACCCCAAAACCGUCCCGCCCCAAGGCGACACCGUCGACGGCAAGUUCAUCCCGGGCGGCACCGCCAUCGGCAUGAACGCUCCCGGCCUCCUCAAAUCCCCCUUGCUCUUCGGCCCCGACGCGGACCUCUUCCGGCCGGAGCGGUUUCUCGAGGUCGACGACGACGCGGCCAGGCUGGGCAUGGAGCGCGACGUGGAGAUGGCGUUUGGGUACGGGCGGUACAUGUGUGCGGGUAAACCGGUGGCGUUUAUGGAGCUGUAUAAGGCUUUCUUCGAGCUUAUGCGCAACUUUGAUUUUGAGCUUGCGGAUCCGGUGAGGCCGUGGGAUUCGUAUAGUUACAACAUCUUUGUGGAGGAGAACAUGUGGACCAAGGUGACCAUUUCGGAAAUCAAGUAG